GUUAUAUAAGUCAAAAUCUGACAUCUCCCAUAUGACAUUGAUGAAAUUAACAUAAUUAAAAAAAAAACACAGUUCCUGGUUAGCAUUAUCUGCAAACGAUGAAUUCCAUGGCAAACGUAUCUGUCCUUGUUGUAGGCGUUGUUUGCCUUUCUCUGGUCAUAGCUCUAAUCAAAGUGCUACACAAAUAUUGGUGGAAACCACUUCGGAUCCAACGUUUAAUGAGUAGGCAAGGAAUCAAUGGACCCCCUUACAGAUUCAUCCAUGGAAACAACAAAGAGACCAUCAAAAUGAAACAGGAAGCCUUGAGAAACCCCAUGCCUAGUUUAUCACAUGAUACACUGCCCAGGGUUCAACCUCAAAUUUGGUCAAGGAUCAAGUUAUAUGGGAAAAACUAUCUAAGUUGGACAGGUUCUAGAGCUAUGCUUGUUAUUACAGAACCGGAACUUAUCAAAGAGUUACUUAAAAAUAGUGAAAGAGCUUUCCCAAAGAGGACUAGCAGAGAAAGGAAGAAAGAAGACGAUUUCGUUCUUAAGAUACUAGGGGAUGGGCUUGUGACAUCAGAAGGUGAGAAAUGGGCAAAGAAAAGGAAAUUGGCAAACCAUGCUUUUCAUGGGGAGACCUUGAAAAGCAUGAGCCCUGCAGUGAUUGCUAGUGUUGAGACGAUGCUGGAGAGGUGGAAAUUAUUUGAAGGCAAAGAAAUUGAGGUGUUUGGAGAAUUUAGAUUGCUGACAUCAGAAGUGAUAUCCAGAAUUGCUUUUGGUAGCAGUUAUUUGGAUGGGGAAAAGAUUUUUGACAUGUUGAUGAAGUUGUCUGUCAUAACAAACAGAAACAUGUUUAAGGCUAAACUUCCUGUCAUCAGCAAGUUCUGGAAAAGUGCUGAUCAAAUUGAAGCAGACAAACUUGAGAAAGAGAUACACAAUUGUGUGAUGAAGAUAGUGAAGAAAAGAGAAGAGAAAGUAGCUAAUGGAGGAGCCAACAGCUUCGGCACUGAUUUUCUUGGAUUACUUUUAAAUGCUUACCAUGAUACAGACAAGAAAAACAGCAUUUCACAACAAGAUCUGGUUGAUGAAUGCAAGACAUUUUACUUUGCUGGACAAGAAACAACUAAUUCUUCACUUGCAUGGACUGUCUUGCUUCUUGCAGUCCAUCCAGAAUGGCAAGAGAAAGCGAGGCAAGAAGUGAUCAAGAUCUUCGGUAAUCAAAAUCCGAAUCCUGAAGGCAUUGGCAAACUCAAGAUUAUGACUAUGAUCAUUAAUGAAACACUAAGAUUAUAUCCUCCAGUAAGUUCCAUGGUAAGGAAGGUAGCAAGUGACGUUCAAUUGGGAAAGCUGAUUCUACCAGCUGAUUUGGAGUUGCUUGUUCCAAAUCUUGUACUUCACCAUGACCCUCACUUAUGGGGAGAUGAUGUAAAUGUUUUCAAACCCGAGAGGUUUGCAGAAGGGAUUGCCAAUGCUACGAAACAUAAUUCAGCUGCAUUUAUUCCGUUCGGGUUGGGACCUCGAUCUUGUGUGGGAAUGAGCUUUGCGUUGAUGGAAAUGAAGAUGGCUCUUUCGAUGAUUCUACAACGCUUCACCAUUUUGCUUUCUCCUACCUACAGCCACUCACCAUUUACCCUUCUUUUGCUUCAACCACAACAUGGAAUUCAGGUAAUGCUUCAUUCUCUGUAGAAUGAAAGCCUAGACAUGUGAAUAGAAUAGUGCUUAAAAAAUAAAUGAAAAUGAUAUGUAGUUUCUAUUUUAUUGUUAUGUUCAUUAAAAACUCAAUGGAACAAUGCACUAUCAGUAAUAUGUUCUGGCAAAAGAUUUCUAACA